AGCGAUUAGCACGUCUACUGCGUUUCUCAUCUGCGAGUCACAUGACACAAUUUACCGAACGAGUGUCUGCGUGAAUUGGAUGCUCAAGAUUGUAAUUGGAGAACACAAUACAGAAACACAAAUCAUAUUUUGAAAAUAUUUGUCUUUUAUUUAAAGAGAAAUGGCGGAUGGAUUUAGAAUGGACAAUUUAAUUUUUUAUAACAUUAUUGAUCAAGCUAUGGAUCUCAUUAAUAGCUCAGAUUCUGACUCAUUAUCAGAAGAUAGUUCUGAUGAAGAGCUGCUGUUAUUGGAUGAUGAGCAGGAACGUAUAAAAGUGCAGAAAGUAAACAAUUAUUUUCAUACAAUUUCUGUAAUGCAUGACAAAACAUUUCAGUCACAUUUUCGCCUUACGAGAGGUUCUUUCGAAGUUGUCAGAAGAGCAGUUGGUCCUAUUCUUGAGUCUAAUAAUAAUAAUAAUAAUGGAGGUCAUCCUAAUGUACCUUUGGAAAAAGCAAUAUUGUCAACUGUGUGGUUACUAGGAAAUCAAGAUUCUUUUCGAGAAGUUAGUAAUUUAUUUAAUUUAAGCCCAAGUACUGUACAUAAAUUAUUUUACGAUGUAUGCGGUGCUUUGUGUAAUAUGAUAAAUGAACACCUACACUGGCCAAAUCAAGCAGAAUUCCAAAAUAUAAGACGAGAGUUUAACGAGUUCAGAGGACCAAAUGGUUUCCCAGACGUGAUAUGUGCGGUUGAUGGAAUGCAUAUAGAAAUUCCAGCUCCAAAAGAUGAUGCUAUGAGUUAUUAUAAUCGAAAAGGAUUCCAUUCGAUUCUUUUACAAGGAAUGUGCGAUGCAAAAUGUAAAUUUAUUGACAUUUUUGUUGGAUGGCCCGGUGCAACUCAUGAUGCUCGAAUGUGGAGAGAAAGUCCAAUUGGUCAGGCACUUGCAGAAAAUCCAACACUUAUACCAGAAGGAGCUCAUAUUUUAGGAGAUUCUGCAUACACUUUAACCCCUUAUUUAUUAACACCAUUCCGUGAUAAUGGGCAUUUGUCUCAAAGGCAAAAGUUUUACAAUAAAAAAUUAAGUUCAAAGAGAAUUGUCAUUGAGCAAGCAUUUGGAAGACUAAGAUGUAGAUUUAGAAGAUUAAAAUAUUUAAAUAUGUCUCUCAUGAACGAAAUGAAAAUAGUUGUUAUUGCUGCUUGUGUUCUGCAUAAUAUUUGUAUCCGAUGUAAUGAUGAAAUAGAUUUAAGUGACGACGAACCUGAAAAUGAUGAGAACCGGAAUGAAGACAAUGCCAUUUGUGAAGCGGGUAAUGAUAAAAGAAAUAGAAUUGCUGAUAUUCUGUGGACAAAUAGAAGAUAUGAAUAAAUUAUAUUUAUUAAUUUUAUAACAUUUCGUAAGUAUGUAACAGGUACAUUAUAAGUAUUGUCAAUAAAGUGAAGUAUUUUCAACAAAA